AUGCCUCCUCCUCCUCCUCACACUACUCACUUAGCCACUGCGAUUACGCGCAACUCACCGCCACCACCACCACCACCACCACCUCCUCCUCCUCCUCCUCACCACCCACCCACACACGCACACAUUCGCGCACAAAAGCGGAACAGACCAGCGAUCAUUGGUUGUGCUAAGACGAGGAGUCGUGGAUGUGGCAUACCGCACCUCGCAAUCGUUCCACCUCCCUCACCACCCUCAACGUCCCUCAUUCCUCCUCCUCCUUCCUCUUCACUUGUAGAUCGAAAUCGUCUAUGUGAAGUGGGGAAGAUGGUGCGUAGGAUUUUCUUCUUCUUCUUUUUCCCCUUCCUCCUCAUGACGCUCGUUGGUGCCGAACCCAGUGUGAUAGACAGUUUGACCAUUCAACUUCCAUCAUCUCCAUACGAAGGAGGAGGAGGAGGAGGAGGGGCGUCGCUGAAUUCGCCUUCGAAGCCGCUCUUUCUUGGACUUCCCUCCGUGAAGCGUCCAACAUCGACGUCAACAACAAAAGUAACAUCGACAACGACAACAACAACAACAACAAUCACAUCACAAUCUCCACCUCUACUAGAUUUUCCAUGA